AAAGCCCAAAGGGGGAGCGAAGGAAGAUAUAAAUCCGAAGCGCGUCGGGUUGUCCUUGGUCUUUCUUAAUAUCUCUCUCCAGAUCUCUUCAAUCGAACUGAAGGAGGACAGGGAGUCCGAAAUUUCUCCCCUCUGAUUUUCUUCGCUGAUCCUUCUUGGUUGGAUAUUUGCUUGGAACUAUAAAAGGACGUUGUCUCUUCGGAAGCGAGUUUCACUAUCUGCCUGAACCAGAUUUUCUUGCAAGCAUCUGCUUUUCCUUCCCAUGGCUACUAAUGAAAAUCUCCCCCCUAAUGUAAUAAAAGAACUUGCAAAGGAGCUCAAACAUCUUGAUGAGAGCCCACCAGAAGGCAUUAAAGUGAUAGUGAAUGAUGAUAACUUUUCAACAAUAUUUGCUGAUAUCGAAGGCCCAGCUGGAACUCCAUACGAAAAUGGUGUUUUUCGUAUGAAACUCGUUCUAUCCCACGAAUUUCCCCAUUCACCUCCAAAAGGUUAUUUCCUUACCAAAAUAUUUCAUCCAAAUAUUGCAACUAAUGGGGAGAUUUGUGUCAAUACACUGAAGAAGGACUGGAAUCCAAGCCUUGGACUUCGUCAUGUUUUGAUUGUGGUGAGGUGCUUGUUAAUUGAGCCAUUUCCAGAAUCAGCUCUAAAUGAACAGGCUGGCAAGAUGCUUCUUGAAGAUUAUGAGGAGUAUGCACGUCAUGCACGGCUCUACACGGGAAUUCAUGCGAGGCCCAGACCCAAGCCAAAAGCUGCGGCAAUCUCUGAAUCUACUACCGCCCUUAAUGUUUCACAAACAAACAAAGCUGCGGCAAUCUCUGAAUCUACUACCGCCCUUAAUGUUACACAAACAAACACAGUUGUGGCUGAUGCUGCGCCGACUCCAUCUCCACUUGGUCCCUGCUUGAGUGCCAAAGGAAAUUGUGGUCAAGACCCAAACAUUAAUCCGAGUUCAGCCACGGGACCUGCAGCGAUUGGGGCAUCAGCCUUCAAUAAGAAGGAAGUGAUGUCUAAAGUUCAGGCUGACAAGAAGAAAAUGGACGCCAGAAAGAAGAGUCUGAAGAGAUUGUAAUAAAUGGGGAAGAUAAAGGAAGGCAAUAUUUCGAACGGCAAAGUUGGCCUGUUAGAUAUGGAAGUUGCAAGGAGACGAAGAAAUUUAAUGCAAUUCAUUUAAUUAUCGGACCAAUUAUUUUCCGUCCAUUAUUUAGUGAAAUUAAGGAAUUGCUCAUA